CUUGAACACCUCUCCUCCAUUCCUCUCGUACCUCCUUUGGCUUCCAAACAAUCAAUCAAACUACUACGGGCCGGUCGCUUCAAGCCUGGAGUAAAGGGAUUCAUCUUCAGCCCCCAUCGUGCGCCUUGUCAUCUCCACAAUCAACAAUCGACUUCGAGUGACUAUCCACUGGAAUAAUGCUUGAGAAUUUCGCACUCCGCCACAUCCCGCCUCUUCUGCUCGCCAGCAUUUGGACAAUCGGCGGUUUCAUGUCCUUCACUCAUGGUCCCGAGCAGGCGAUCCUCACAUAUGGCCUUUCCCCAAACAUUGCAUCAUCCAAGGCUGCAUGGCCCCUUAUUAAGAUUGAAGGUUCACGCGUCACUACCAUCGGCAUGGCCAUCUGGGGCAUUUACUUGGGCGGACAUCUGGAGGCUAUGGACACCUUACUCGCCUGCAUUGGAUGGAUGGCAGUGAUUGAUGGCGUAGUCUGCGCAAAGGACGGUGCUCCGGGAUCUGCUAGGAUGCGUGCAACAUACCAGAGUGUGGUUGCGCUCUGGGGCUUGCUUGGCAUGACUUCUGGCAAAUACUUCUAGGCCGUGCCACGGACCGGAGGACUUCAGUCCCCGAGGCGUCGAUGUUCGUUCGCCUUCACCGAUACGCUGGGUAGCGGGGUCAUAACAACACUAUUGCUAGGGCAGAUAUAGAUUAUCGUUGAAGCAACUUGCGAUAUCUGACUAGGUGUUACUAUCUAUGUUACAAGUGGAGAUGAUGUCAUGAUGACGCUACCAGUAAAUACGCCGCAAAUGCACCGCCCACGAAAGUAUCCCGAAUACGUUUCAGUUAGCGCCAAGCACACACCACCAACAUUAUCAUCACACUAC